CCUUUGAGCCGUUUGUCUCCGUCCUUACAAGAAGUCACAAGACGAGUUGUGGCAUAAUUUUACCGAUGACGGCGCGGUGAGAUAAUUAGUCGGAAGGUGUUCACAGCUAAACCCAGGAAGUCCAGGAUAAAUCGUCUCAGAUCAUGUCUGUCUACUUUCACCCAGGCUCAGAUUCAGGAGUUAAUGGAACAAUUGCAAAGAUGGAGGAUGCAAAAGUAGAGAUUGAUGAUGGGAAGGAGGAGAGUGUGUUGCCAGACACAACAUACCACAAUCUUCGUAAAGCAGUCUCUCCAUUUGUCAUGUCCUUUGGCUUUCGUGUAUUUGGAGUGGUACUGAUCAUUGUCGACUUUGUGCUCGUGAUUGUGGACUUCUCGCUGGCGUCAAAGAGCAGGGAUGUCGGAAACUUUCUAGAAGCUGUGUCCCUCACCAUCUCCUUCUUCUUCCUUGCUGAUGUUCUCCUGCGAGUCUAUGUGGAAGGUUUCAAUGUGUACUUCAGCUCGAAGCUGAACAUCGUGGACGCCAUCGUUGUCGUCAUCACGCUUGCGGUCACCAUGGUCUACACUUUCAGCGACUUGUCAGGUGCUAGCCUCAUUCCCAGGGUCGUGACGUUCCUGCGCUUUUUGCGAAUAAUCAUCUUUGUGAGGAUUUUCAGACUGGCGUCUCAGAAAAAAGAGCUGGAGAAAGUCACCAGGAGGAUGGUAUCUGAGAACAAGAGGCGCUAUCAGAAGGAUGGGUUUGACCUUGAUCUUACCUAUGUCACAGACAAUGUCAUAGCCAUGUCUUUCCCAUCUUCAGGGAAGCAGGCCUUCUACAGAAAUCCAGUCAGGGAGGUUGCAAGGUUUCUAGACUCUAAACAUGGAGAUCAUUACAGAGUUUACAACCUCUGCAGUGAGAAAGGCUACGACCCCAAGUUCUUCCACUACAGGGUUGAACGGGUGUUCAUUGAUGACCACAAUGUCCCUUCAUUGGAGGACAUGGUGAAAUACACGUCAAGUGUGAGGGAGUGGAUGUCUGCUGACCCUAAAAACAUCAUUGCUAUUCACUGUAAAGGAGGGAAAGGACGCACUGGAACUAUGGUGUGCACAUGGCUCAUUGACAAUGACCAGUUUGAAAGUGCACAGGACAGUCUGGACUAUUUUGGUGAAAGGAGGACAGAUAAAAGUCAAAGUUCCAAGUUUCAGGGAGUGGAGACUCCUUCUCAGAGCCGGUACGUGGGGUACUACGAGACCAUGAAAACUCAGUAUAACCGACAACUGCCUCCGCCUAAAAGCCUCCGGAUCAAAAGCAUCCGCAUCCACUCUAUUGCAGGUGUGGGUAAAGGUGACGGCAGUGAUCUGAAGGUGAAAAUAAUUGUGAAGAAAGAGCUGGUGUUUCAGUGUGUGUGCGCCAAACAGCAGAACUGCUCUGUAUUUCCUGAUGCUGGCAACAAUGCAGCCGUCAUCAGCCUGCACAACGGUCCUGUAGUGCAAGGAGAUGUGAAAGUUAUGUUUGAAUCAAGCGCAGGUCUUCCAAAAGGAUAUGAAGACGUUCCUUUCUACUUCUGGUUCAAUACGUCAUUCAUAGCAGAUAAUCAGCUGUUUUUGCCCAGAGAAGAGCUAGACAACCCACACAAACCCAAAACUUGGAACUUGUACAAGGAGGAUUUUGGCGUCACCGUGUUCUUCUCCGAUUCUGAAUAAAAACAUGUUUACAAGAACAAAUGGAACAGGGAAAAUGUCAUGUUGACCAACGACGGAUCAUUAUUAUUUGAACGAUAGUAAUUUGCACUUAACAGCUAAACAUCGCGAUCUUGAGAGCAGCAGCACCACCUCAGUCAAAUUCUGUUUACUGAACUACUUUCUUUGUGGCACUUGAAUAUGAAAUGUAAAUGAAAACAUUCAAAAUAUUUC